UCGAUAUUUAAGAGGCGUCUGUCUUACGGUUUGUCAUCCCGUGAGUUCUACGUCAACACCUGCUACCGACAUCCGUAUUUACUGAAACAUGGCGGCACAAACAAACCGCGGUGUCCCGCUCAGUACGAUUAGUCCCAGGUUUCUUCAUUCAAAUUCCACCAGCCACACCUGGCCCUUCAGCGCCAUAGCUGAGCUCAUAGACAAUGCCUAUGAUCCAGAUGUCAGCGCCAAACAGUUCUGGAUUGAUAAGAUUUUGUUCCAAGGACAAGAAUGCCUCACCUUUGUGGAUAAUGGAAAUGGACUGGACUAUGAAACAAUGCACAAGAUGCUCAGCUUUGGGUACAGUGACAAGACUGCUAUAAAGGGUAUUAAGCCAAUCGGUAUGUAUGGCAACGGUUUCAAGUCUGGAUCCAUGCGUCUUGGCAAGGACGCCAUCGUGUUUUCGAAGUCGGAGAGGGCUUCAUGCGUUGGGAUGCUCUCUCAAACCUACCUGGAAGAGAUUGAAGCUGACCAAAUAAGUGUACCUAUUGUCUGCUUUGAACAGAGAGAGACAGACAAGUUCAGUGUAAGACAGGAGCACAAAGCCAGUCUGCAGGACAUCCUGCGCUAUUCCCCUUUCAAGACGGAGGAAGAAUUGCUUGUUGAGGUCAAAGCCAUCAGUUCCAACUGGUCCACACAGAAAACUGGCACACGGAUCAUCAUCUGGAAUCUCCGCAGGACAUCUUCUGGAACAACUGAGUUUGAUUUAAAGAAGGAUCGUUACGAUAUCCGAAUUCCAUCUGACGUCUACGAGGAAAUGAAUGACACUCAACAUCCAGACAAGGUCACUUCAAACAUCCCUGAGAGUUUGUACUCACUGCGGGCCUAUUGCAGUAUUCUCUACCUGAAGCCCAGGAUGCAGAUCAUUAUUCGUGGUCAAAAGGUGAAAUCUCAGCUCGUUGCUAAGAGUCUUGCCCUCGUCAGGAAGGACCACUACAAGCCCACUUUCCUGAACAAACGUAUUCCUAUGACUUUUGGCUAUAACACCAAAAGUAAAGACCAGUAUGGCAUUAUGAUGUAUCACAAGAACCGGCUGAUCAAAGCCUACGAACGUGUCGGAUGCCAGCUCAAGGCCAACAACAAAGGUGUGCAGGUCAUUGGGGUCAUAGAGUGUGACUUUCUGGAACCUACCCACAACAAACAGAGCUUUAAUGAAACAGAUAAGUACAGGAAAACUAUGAACAAUUUGAGCACCAAACUGGAGGAGUACUGGAAUGAAAUGUGCUACAGGAGAAGAAGAGAGGAUCCAAACGCCACCACACCAGUGGAAGAUACCAUAAAGAGCCCAGAUCAAAACUGGGUGCAGUGUGAUGACUGUUUGCGCUGGCGCAAACUUCCGGAUGGGAUCAACUGCAGCAAGCUGCCAGAUGAAUGGUUCUGCCGCAUGAACCCGGAUCCUCAGUUCAGGAGCUGCCAGACUGAGCAGGAGCCUGUGGACUCUGAUGAUGAGCAACCUUCAUACCGCAAGACCUAUAAACAACAAGGGAAGGAAGACAGAAAGAUUCAAGAGAAGAAAAGACAAAAGGCUAGAAAGCGCAAUGAGGAACGUCUGGCUGCUCUCGACAGGCUAAAACAGGCCAAUAGACAUCUGCAGACUGCCCAUUCUCCCUCAACCCCCACAACCCGAAAGACAAGGUUUAACACUGUAUCACCACAAGGGGCUGCUGCAAGGGCUGAAUCCUCUCCAUUUAGGUCCUCUCGACUGUCACAAGCUGGCCUCAGUGUCACUGAGGUACAGGACCAGCAGGACCAGCUCAAACUGAUGCAGGCUACAGCUGUGGAGAGAGACUUCUUUAAGGAGCAGGUCCAUAAACUUACCUGCCAACUGCAAGACAGCAGACUGGAGGAGCUGUCUCGGAUCAAUGUAAAGGAGUGUUCUCACCAGGCCAUUCAGACGGAGGAAACUGAGGGUGGACAUCGGUGUCUCUGUUUGAGGGCCAAACAGAGAUCAAUGAAGCUGUUAAUGACAGCUUCUGAGACCAAGACCAGUGCCGCCCAAUGUGAAGAAAAGGACAUUGAUGAUAUUUUACAACAAGUUGACUGUCUAAAGCGAGAACUGAUUUAUGAACUGCACACAAAGUUGGACAGUAUGGAGGUGGAAAGGGCAAACCUGGCAUCCGAGUGCCAAGAGCUCAGGUUGGGCCUGCAGCAGGAGAGGGAAAAUGCCAAAGGGGGAAGCACAACUCCACACAGAACCACUGAUUAGAUUAGAAGGUUAGAUGGAAAUCAGCAACCCAGAAGAACAAUGCUGUAAAUCAGAUUUUCUCUAUUCUCUCCUCCCUUCAGUGUGAUUGAGCUGAGGCACAACAUCGGGCGCCUUCUCGUCUCCUUCGUGCCGGCUCUGGACCUGGACCUGGUCAAUUAUGAGUGCAAUGUAAUCGAUGAGAUCCUUGAACAGGUGCUUUCAAAUGUGGAUUCCGUUGAAUGGGUGGGGCAGAGGUACAGCGCAAUAAAUGAAUAAACAAUUGAAAUUAUCCUGGAAUGAGGAACAGUACUCCACCUAUAAAUAAUGAGAAGGGAAUUUUAUGAUUGUGGGAGAUGAAGUUGUAUUUAUUUGAAGGUGUUUUCUUAUUGAUGAACAGUAAAUUCAAAACUAUGAGCAGCUUUGCACUUUCUUUAUCUCAACAGAUGAAAACUGCUAUAAAAGCAGUUUAAACAAUACAACCACAGUGUACAUAAAUAAAUGUUAUAGGCUAUUCGCUUUGCUGGGUAGAUUUUGGGUAGAAUCAUAGAAGUCAAAUGCUAUGUUGAGGUUUUCAUGAAAGAUAGGCUCUGUAUCUGAUUUUGUUUGUUUCACAAUGAAAGCUAUCUGUUUUCUCUUUGAUUUGAAUUGAUGCACAUUUUAUAUGUUUUCUAUGAUAUAUAUUUAUAUAUUUUCUGUCUUUGCUUUGUGAUGAAAUGCUCUAUGGCAUGUUAUCAUAAGUAUCCUGGUGAACCCUUCUGGUGAACAUUUUUCUAAAGGUCACCAUGAUGAUAGGUGAAACAAGACUCAGGUAUUUUACUUCAGAAAACAUAUUAAUACCACAGUGUAUAAAUACUCUCUCAUAAGUAAAAGACCUACAUCCAAAAUAUGACUUAGGUAAAACUACAAAAGUAUAAGCAUGAAAAUAAACUUUAAUCCCAAAUUGGAAAAUGUUCUGUUGAUGUAUUUUUGUGUAAGCAUCACUAAUGCUGCAGCUGGUAAAGGUAGAGCUCAUAUACUGCUUAAUAUACUUCUGGGUGUCUUAAUUUAUAGUAAUAGAUCAUAAUGCAUAAGUUGAUUUAUAAUUUAUAUAAAUGAUGACUGGAAAGUAAAUAGCAACAAAUGUGAAAUAAAAGCAGUGGAGUAAAAAUAACAAUAUUAUUUUCCAAGAUGUAGUCAAGUGGAGUAGAAGUAUAAAGUAGCAUAAAAUGGAAACACUCAACUAAAGUACACGCACCUCAAAGUUUCAAGUACAGUACUUGAGUAGAUGUACUUAGUUUCAUUACACAACUGACUGUGAUAGAGGUCUCAAUCAGCAUUUUGUAACCAACCAUCAGACACACUUUACAGUUUAUGCUCCCGGAGAAGAUCAGGGCCUUAGACUCCCUCACCGCUUUUAAAUCAAAUCUUAAAACUCAACUGUUCCUCUCCGCCUUCCCCUAAGGUCUUGGCUUUGUGUAGUUUGGAUUGCGUUUAUUGGGUAGUUGUUCAGUUUUAAUAUAUAUUCUUAGAUUUUAUUUUUAUUUGUUUUUAGCGUUUUAUUAUUAUAUUUGAUUAUUGUGAUUGUUUUACCCUGUACAGCACCUUGAGAUUUCAUUGUAUUUUAAAGUGUGCUAUAUAAAUAAAAUCCAUUAUUAUGCAGAUUUUAAAAGUCAUUAAGGAUUAUUGUACGUUUUCAUGUAACACACUGGUGAGUGUGUCAUUUGUCUUGGGUAAUAAAGUUUCAAUGGU